CAAGCGCCUGUUUGACUGAGAAGUGUAACAUCAUGGCGUCUGGAUCUAGUGGCCCUCAAAAUGUGACAGAGGCUCCCGAGGAAGAUGCUGCAGAAUUACAGUUUCCCAAGGAAUUUGAAAAUGCAGAGACUCUUUUGAUAUCAGAAGUACAGAUGCUUUUAGAACACAGAAAAACACAGAAUGAGAGUGCAGAAGAGGAGCAGGAAUUGUCGGAGGUGUUUAUGAAAACCCUGAACUACACAAGUCGAUUCUCCAAAUUCAAGAACAGAGAAACAAUAUCAGCCAUUAGGAGUGUGUUGAUGCAGAAGAAAUUACACAAAUUUGAGUUGGCAGCCCUGGCCAAUCUCUGUCCAGACAAUGCAGAGGAAGCUAAGUCACUGAUUCCAAGUUUGGAGGGACGGUUUGAGGAUGAAGAAUUACAGCAGUUGCUGGAGGAUAUAAAGACAAAGAGGAGUUUCCAGUACUGAGAUCAGAGACCAGUCAGCCCGAGGCUCAAACUCAAGAUGGACUUAUUAGUACAAGGCAGCUGGAAUCUUUAGUGGUUGUGUGUGGGAUACUUGAAGUUGUCUGCUGUUUAUAUCUGUUUAAUUCACUGAAAGGGAUGUCUUUAUUUCAGUCUCGUGUAUAAUUUUCUAUUCUGCUUUUGAUUUUUAUGUAUAGACAUGGAAAACAUGACAUUGAUUUGCAGGUGAGGAUGUUAUGAACACAAAUUGGUUUGGAAAUGGUAACAAUUUUUUUUUUUUUAAAUCCUGUUUAAGCUUAAUGAGGCAAUGUUGAAUUGAAGGUUUUUAACUUGUUAUUGACCAAAAAUAUCAUCGAUAUAUUGUGAAAAAAAAAAUUCAUUUUCUACACAAAUGUUAGCAUUUUCGAUCAUUAAAAUAUGUUAGACAUUUA